AGCCCUUCCCCGUAAGCGAGGGAUUUUCCAGCAACACUGUCGAUUCUGGAAAAAGCGAAAGAGCGAGAGUUUCCUCUGCAAGUUCGCACCCUUCGAUGUUCGAACCGCGGAAAAAGUCUUCAAUGGCGGGAAGUUAUCAAUAAAAUCAAAAGGAGCAGCAGCUGGACUUGCCGACCUCGCUCCGUCUCCGGUUUUCUCCCAGACAAUCGACGAUGAUGCGAAGGUGCGUUUUAGAGUUUUCUUGUAGCCGAUCUGUAGGGCGGAUUACAGCUCAGAAACCAUUUUGGCUUAUUUCUAGAAAAGAAUUAUCAGUUGCAUCCCAACAAAAUGCAUCACAAAGAGCUGGUUCCACGGGUGAACCACCUAAAUCUGGGAGUAACAUCUCAAAAGUUGUCAUUGGAAGCAUUGCAGUUGGUGCUGUUGUCAUGGCAGCUUAUCAAACUGGCUAUUUAGGUCAACCUCCUUUCAAAGAUCUUUCUUCUAUUGACUUCAAGUAUGGUGGUGAUAACAAAAUUCCAAAGGGAACCGAAAGUUUAGGGGAACAAGUUGUUCAUAAAAACAAUCAAGGAACAACCGGUUCAAGACCUGAUGUGGGACAUAUUGGGGAAAACAACGAGGUUCACCUGGAUCGUCCUACUGCUCAAGAUCUGAGCACAAAGGAAGAUGUAAACCAGGUCCAGGAUGAAGUGGAAGUGUCACCUGUGGUGGAUACAAUUCCUGUUCAAGAGAAAGAAUUUCCAAGUUCUCAUCAAGAUAGUGUCACAUUUGAUGGUCAGAGUCCUCAUUCUGAUAUAUCAGUUGAAGAAGGUCCUGAUCUGAAAAACAUCGGAAAUGGUUUUACGCCCGCAGAAACUAGCAAGGAACAGAACAAGGAAGAUGACAGUGUACCUAUUUUUCCCGACACAAAGGCAGUUAAUGAAGAAGCUGAGCUUAGGACAACUCCAGCUCAUCAGCUUUCCUCAAACGACAUUCCAGAGGAUAAACUGGGUAAAGAUGCAGAGUCACCAAGUCCCCUUCUUGAUGCAUAUUUUCUACAGGAAAAGGAUGAAGGAAGACCUGAGAUUUCCUCAAGUGGAGAGGGUUAUGCACCCUCCCCCCCAAAAAAAGAGGCUUCAUUAGGAAUGACUGAUGAUUUGAAGAAUGCUUACAUAUCUGAGGAUGGAAAGUUGGUUCUUGAUUUCUUACAAGCUAUUCAUGCUGCGGAGAAAACGCAAGCUGAGUUGGAUGAACGUGUUUUUGCUGAAGAAAAGAGGAUGUUGAAGGAAAAGUAUGAGAAAGAACUGAAGGAUGCACGGGCCAGGGAGCUUAUGUAUGCUGAAGAGGCGGCUAUAUUGGAUAAGGAGUUAAACAAAGAAAAAGCAAAGAAUCUAGCUAAUAUCAAAUCACUUCAAGAAAAAGCAGAGGAGAAACUUAAGAUGGAACUGGAACGCAAGGAAAAUGAAGCAGAAUCACAGCUGAAGAAGGUUCAGGAGUUAGCAAAAGCAGAACUAGCUGCAGCUAUUGCAAGUGAGAAAGCAUCACAGAUUGAAAAAAUGGCGGAAGCAAAUCUGCAUAUAAAUGCCUUAUGCAUGGCAUUUUAUGCUCGAUCCGAAGAGGCUCGCCAGACUCACUCUGUUCACAAACUUGCACUGGGAGCACUUGCAUUGGAAGAUGCACUAGAUAAAGGGUUGCCAAUUCAGGCUGAAAUAAAUGUUUUGCACGCUUAUCUAGAAGGCAUUGACAGAGACUCACUUCUGGGUUUGGUCCUUUCAUCUCUCCCAGAGGAAACACUGAAGUCUGGCGCAGAUACUCAAUUGCAAUUGAAUGAGAAGUUUGAUGCCUUGAAAGGUUUGCUGCGUCAUUACAGCUUCAUCCCAUCAGGUGGUGGUGGUGGCAUCUUGGCUCAUUCUUUAGCUCAUGUUGCAUCUUGGUUAAAGGUGAAAGAAGACCAAUCUGGUGAUGGAAUUGAGUCUGUUAUUAGUAGAGUUGAAAGCUUCUUAGCUGAAGGGAAGCUCGCUGAAGCAGCAGAAGCCCUUGAGCAAGGGGUCCAUGGCAGCCAAGCAGAGGAAAUUGUUGGUGAUUGGGUGCGACGAACAAGGAACAGGGCAAUCACAGAGCAAGCGCUAUCCCUUCUUCAAUCUUAUGCUACUUCCUUGAGCCUUACAUAUUGAAUUUUGCUUUCCCCAAAUUCCUUAAGAAUAGAUUUUGCCCUUUGUAGUAUUCCCACAUCCACUGUUGUACUGAAUCGUUCUGUUUUUCCUUUGGUUCUGGAUGCGGAGGAUAUCAGAAACGUCCCCUCUUUCUUGGCUCCAAGGGGGAGGUGAGGUGGGAUUGGGUUGUUGAGCAACUCAAACCUGAGAUUUGACAUGGAAGAGCAAUUGCUCAUUCUGACAUUGAGUGCAUUGUUUAGGUAUCGUCAAUAAAAUGUUUACUUUGACGAAG